AUGAAAAAAAUAAAAAAAAUCUUAGUACCUCGAUCAAAUGAUUAUGCAGGUGGUGGUUUUGGUUUUACAAUUCGUCAUUUUGUUAUUUAUCCACCAUCAGUUUCUGUCAAUGACAUUUUACGGGCUUCGUACAGUGUGGUGAUCGAUGAACAUCAGCAAAAGCAAUUGGAAGCAAGUGGAGGAGGAGGAGGAACAACAACAUCAUCAUCAUCAAUAGUUCCUUCCGGUAUUUUAUCGUCAUCAUCGGGUAGUCUCAUCCAUCAUCAAGGAGAACAACAACGAUCGUCAUCAUCAUUAUCAUCUUCUGCCAUGAAAAAUCUCGGAAACGAUAAUAUUCAAGAAGAUGGAACAACAGUGCCAAAUAAAGCCAAUAAAAAUCUUCAAUCAAUCGAUACUAUUUUUGUUAAAGAAGUUCGACAUGAUGGUCCAGCUUAUGCAGCUGGUUUAAGACAAGGUGAUCAAAUAUUAACUGUUAAUGAUCAAUCAAUCUCUGGAAAAACUUAUUCACAAGUUAUUGCUAUGAUACAAAAUGCUCCUGCUGAUCUUGUUCUCAAUGUUGUACCAAAAGAAGAUGAUAAUCGUACAUUAAAUUCAACAGAAAAUCUUUAUAAUGAUUUUAAUUUAAAUCAAUCUCGUUUAAAAACAAAUCCAUUAUCACAUUCAUCAUCAUCAUUAUAUAAUCCUUCAACAACAACUAUGCAUAAUAAUGCAAUUGAACAAAAAUUAAGAAAUUUACAAAUUAAUUUAGCUCAAGGUCGAACACAAGAACAACUUGCUCAAGCUGGAAUUUAUUUUCCUCCUCAAACAUCAUCAUCAUCAUCAUCACAACAGCAGCAACAACAAAAUGCUUUUUCCAAUUAUAUUGAUUCAGUACAUAAAGCUUUAGAUUCAUCUAAACAACAACAACAGCAGCAACCAGAACAACAACAACAACAACAACAACAACAACAACAACAACAAUCUCAACAACAAUCUAAAGUAGAUGCAACAAAUCUAUAUUAUGAAUCUCCUUAUCAUAAUUCAUAUAUACAAUAUGAUUAUAAACGACAACCAACUUUUCAAAUUAAUUUUAGUCAACCAAAUGAACAACGAAAUUAUAUUAAUAAUAAUAUAAAUCCUCCAUUACCUAUAGCAAAUAUUGUUCGACCACCAGUUCCUCCUAGACAAAAUUUGCCUGUGAUAAAUCCAUCAUUAAAUAGUUAUGUAAAUGUUGGAGAAAAUCGUUUUCCAUUAAAUAAUAUUGUAAAAGAUGAAGAAUGGAAUUCAACAAAUAUAUAUUCAAGAUCAAUACCAAAUUCAAUGAUUAUUGAAAAUGAAGAAGAAUUAAAAUCUCCUUCAUCAGAUUCAAUAACAAUUGAAAGUCCAACACAAAUUGUUUCAAAUGAAAAACGUUCAUCAUUAAAUGAAAAUGAUAUGAAAACUGAAUUUGUUAAUUUUCGUAAAAAACAAUUUGAAACAGGUCAUGUUGAAAAUAUUGUUCGUGAUCCUCAACGUGAAUCUAAAACAAAAAAAUAUUCGGAAAAGAAAAAAUAUGAAAAUGAAUGGAAUCGUUUAACUGCAGUAGCUGAUGUUGAAACAGUUAUGGAACGUGCAUCACAUUUUGAAGAUAUUGAUCCAGAUAAAUUUGCAAGAUUAAAAUCAAAAUUUCCAACAAUACCACAAAUGAAUGAAAAUUAUGAUCCUCAAGAUAUUUUCUUUUAUGAUUUUAAUCCAAAUCAUUUUUAUGAUUCUCAAACACAAUCACCAUAUAAAAUGAUUAAACCAUCAACAAGACAUUCUUCUAUUGAUUCAUCUUCUUCAUUAACUACACCAAGAGUUGGUGAACUAAGAAAUAUUGAAUUUAAUUUUGAUCCACGUUAUAUGGUUCAACAAAUUCGACCAAAUCAAUCUCAAUCAACAACAACUUCUCAUUAUAAUCCAUUAGCACCAACUGAAAGUUCACGAUUUUCAUUAGAAAAUUAUCCAAAUAAUUCAUCAUCUCGAACUGGAGUUAAUUUAAUUCGUCAACCAUCAUAUAUAACUGCUGUUCGAUCAGCAAAUCAAAGUGAACAACCAGAUUUUGUAUCUCAAUUUGGAAAUCCCUCAACAUCAGAACAAGAAAUGAAACAACGUCGAACACCUUAUUUAAUUCCUAAUGAAGAACGUUUACCAUCUAAUCGAGGAGAUUAUCUUUCUUCCAAUUUUAAUAAUCAAUCAAUAAGACAAACUCAAAAUUCUUUUGAUAUUCUUCGAGAACAAGCACAAAAAUUAAGAAAUCUUCCUCAACAUCAAACACAAGGAAUUAAAAAAUUAAAAAACUUCUUUGGUGAAAAUUUAGGGCAAACGAAUAAUGAAAUGGAACAUCGUCCAUCAUUAUCUCAAUCUCCAUUAUCUCCACAUUCAUCAUCAGGUGGUCAAUCAAAAUCUGGUUCAAUAUUUGAUGGUUCAACUAUUGAUGGAACACUAAAUACUCGAGAAUCAAUUCGAUUAACAACAAUGACUGAUAAUUUAGAAGCAUCAAAAGAAGGAAUACUUUAUUGUAAAACUCUAUUAAAAGAAGGUCGUCGUGCACUUGAUCGUUCAUGGCGUGGAGCAUGGGCUGUGCUUAGACGUGGAGCUUUAUUUCUUGGUAAAGAAAAAAAACAUGGAUUAUUAAUUCCACUUUCAUGUGAUUCAUUUCCAAUUAAUCUUCAAAAUGCUGAUGUUGAAUUAGCAAGUGAUUAUAUUAAAAAACCAAGAGUUUUUAAAGUAACAACAGCAAAUCAAAGUGAAUUUUUAUUUCAAGCACCAGAUAUACAAUCUUUAAAUGAAUGGUUAGAUCUUAUUAAUGAACAUUCUCUUAAUAAUUAUUUAGGACAAGAUAAUCAACAAACUACUGACAAUAUUAAAGAUAAAAAACACAGAAAAAGUACUGCUUCAUUACCACCUAUUGCACCUACUCAUCAUGAUCAAGAUUUAUCAUAUCCAAGUGGUGAACACCGUAAAUCAAGUUCAAAAUCUAAAAAUACAUUUCGAAGUCCAUCAUUAAAACGUAGUCCAAGUCUUCGUUUUCGUAAAUCUCAAAAAUCUUCAAUAACUCAACCAGCCCAAGCAAUUCCUUCAUUAAGUGGAACAAAUUCUAUUCCAAAUAGUGGAAAUGUAACAUCACCUCGUCGUUCAUUUGUUAAAUCAAUUGUAAAAAAAGGUCUUCGAACAUUAAAAUCGUCAUCAUCAUUAUUAACAAGUCAAAUGAGUGGACAAAUUUAUGAUGAAUCAAGUGGAGAAUCAUUAUCAUCAACAACAGGUACAUGUACACUUUCUCAAGGAAUUAAUUUUGGUAUUGAAUUAGAAGAAUGUGAAAUAUCAUCAAUAUCACGUUAUAUUCCAAUUGUUGUCGAAAUUUUAACACGUCUUAUUGAAUUACGUGGAAUUAAUUAUCAAGGAAUUUAUAGACAUGCUGGAGGUUUAACUGCUGUUAAUUGGCUUGUUAAUGAAUUAGAUAAAGGAGCAGAAAAUAUUGAUUUUAAUUCCGAAAAAUGGUAUGAUGUUAAAGCUAUUGCAUCAACAUUAAAAACAUUUUUUGCUAAAUUACCUGAUUCACUUUUAUCAUCAAAGAUGAGUAGUUUAUGUGUUGAAGCAAGUCGAAUUGAAAAUCAUUGUGAACGUGUAGUUGAAUUAAAACGACUUGUUGUUCAAUUAGAUGAUUAUCGAUUUGAAACAUUAAAAUAUUUAUGUGCUCAUUUUCGAAGAGUUGCUUCCAAAUGUGAUAUUAAUAAAAUUGAUGCAAGAAAUUUAGCUAUUAUAUUUGGACCAACAUUAAUUUGGGAUUCAAAAGCAUCAUUACAAUUAAAUCUUGUUGAUAAUCCAGAAAAAAUUCGAAUUAUUGAAUCAUUUAUUUUAUAUCAUGAAUGGUUUUUUAAUGAUAAUUCAUAUGAUUCAAUACCAAUUGAAAUAAAUCCUCAAAUGCCUCGUUUACCUCCUGUAAUAAGUCAUGGAACAGUUGAUCCUGAAACAUCAUCAAAUACGGAAACAAAACCAGGUGAAAUAAUUCAAAAUAUCGUUCAUGCAGCUAAAAGACGAUGGUCAUCAACAUUAUUACUUGAUACAUUAUCAUCAUUAAAUCCUCAACCAAGUCCAACAACAAAUGAUCAACAAACAUCAAAACCAAUAAAUAUAUCUGUUAAAAGCGUUGUUCGUCCAAAUUAA